AGGGGCCCAGAGGGGUGGGGCUUUGUCAGGAGUUGAGGGAGACUUACUGAGGGGAGUAAAGACCCUGGGGGCCAGAAAUAUGAUUGAGGUAAUGCAGAAGGGGUUUCACCAUGUGAAAGUUAUCAGAGGCCUUGGAGGAGCAGUUUGAGCAGAGGUUGGGGACUGGCUCACCUGAAAAGUAUGUAGAAGUAAAUGAAGCCCCAUCCAGGCUAUGGGCAUCAAGACAGCGUUGCCCACGGUGGAGCUGGGCCUGUACUCCCUGGUACUGAGCGGGGCCCUAGCCUAUGCUGGCCGGGGCCUCCUGGAGGCUUCACAAGAUGGGGCCCACAGGAAGGCCUUCCGGGAGUCUGUGCGACCCGGCUGGGAGUACAUUGGCAGGAAGAUGGACGUGGCCGACUUCGAGUGGGUGAUGUGGUUCACCUCUUUCCGCAACGUCAUUGUCUUCGCCCUCUCUGGACAUGUGCUGUUUGCUAAACUCUGUACCAUGGUUGCCCCCCAGCUCCGCUCCUGGAUGUAUGCUGUGUAUGGGGUCCUGGCCGUGGUGGGCACGAUGGGCCCUUGGUACCUGCUGCUGCUACUUGGCCACUGUGUGAGCCUCUAUGUAGUCUCACUGUCAGGCCAGCCCUGGCUCUGUCUCAGCCUUGGCCUGGCCAGCCUCGCCUCCUUCAAACUGGACCCCCUAAUCUCCUGGCAGAGCGGGUUUGUAACAGGGACUUUUGAUCUUCAAGAGGUGCUGUUUCACGGGGGCAGCGGUUUCACGGUGCUACGCUGCAUCAGCUUUGCACUGGAGAGCUGUGCACACCCAGAGCGCCGCUACUCCCUAGCUGACCUGCUCAAGUACAAUUUCUACCUGCCUUUCUUCUUCUUCGGGCCCAUCAUGACCUUUGAUCGCUUCCACGCCCAGGUGAGCCAGGUGGAGCCGGUGAGACCCGAGGGUGAGCUAUGGCGCAUCCGGGCCCAGGCGGGCCUCAGCAUGGUGGCCAUUGUGGCCGUGGACAUCUUCUUCCACUUCUUCUACAUCCUCACUAUCCCCAGUGACCUCAAGUACGCCCACCGCCUCCCGGACAGCGCCCUCGCUGGCCUAGCCUACUCAAACCUGGUGUAUGACUGGGUGAAGGCGGCCGUCCUCUUCGGCGUCGUCAACACCGUGGCACGCCUCGACCACUUGGACCCGCCCCGGCCUCCCAAGUGCAUCACAGCGCUCUACGUCUUCGCUGAGACACAUUUUGACCGUGGCAUCAACGACUGGCUUUGCAAGUACGUGUAUGACCACAUUGGCGGGGAGCACUCUGCGGUGAUCCCGGAGCUGGGGGCCACCGUGGCCACGUUUGCCAUCACCACCCUGUGGCUCGGGCCCUGUGAUAUUGUCUACCUGUGGUCAUGCCUUAACUGCUUUGGCCUCAACUUUGAGCUCUGGGUACAGAAGCUGGCAGAGUGGGGGCCCCUAGCCCAAAUCGAGGUGAGCAGGGAAGGGCUGGGGCUGGGGACGGCGGAUGCGCUGGAAGGGGUGGUACUGCUGCUCUCUAGAGUCUUCCAGUCACACUUGGCUCCCAGUCCAGAACUUUCCCACCACCACCUCCUGGUUGUCAGAGGAGUGGCUCCCCCUGUGGGUGCCUGGCCCUCCCUACGUUCUGCAGGGUGGGGGGCACCUGGGCUUGGCUGUGUUGGUCAGGCCCUGCCCUCUCUAGACUUCAGUUUUCUCAUCUUUAACAACGAGGGAGAGCUGACCUGGGACUCUGAGAGACACAGGCACAGCCCCAGGACCUGGGUGGCCAUGUGGGCAAGGCCCCUGGCCCACCGUGUCCUCUUUCCCUGGGCCUUUGGCCUCACUGCCAAUGCCUUCCUGGACUGAGCAGGCCUCCCUGUCGGAGCAGAUGUCCCGCAGGGUCCGAGCCAUCUUUGGGGCUAUGAACUUCUGGGCCAUCGUCAUGUACAACCUUGUAAGCCUGAACAGCCUUGAGUUCACAGAGAUGGUCGCCCAGCGCCUGCUACUCAAAGG